GCGUAUAUUCAUACGGGGGUAUGCGCAGAAGGCUGAGCCAUUGAGGUUACUCCUUCGAAAGACUGAAAAAUUCUACUGGGAUUCUUCGCAGGAACUCGCAAUGCAGGAACUUAAAGACGAAUUUAAGGAGGGAGGACGCGUGUUGAGCGUGCCAUUCUUUGACGAUGAGACCAAGAGACCGUUCAUAGUAUCCACGGAUGCUGGACCAUGUUCAGUGGGUGGUUUGCUGUCUCAGAAUGACGCUGGAGGGAAGGAAAGACCGUUAAGAUUUGAGAGUARGACACUUAAUACGGCUGAGCGUAACUACAGUCAAUUCAAGAAGGARGUGUUAGCUGUUCUCCGGUGUCUAGACACGUUCAGACACUAUAUCUAUGGGCGACGGUUCAUCUUGAGAGUAGACCCCACCGCGGUUGCCUCUGUCCUCCAGAAGGACUUUAGUCUGACGGACCCGACCAUCGCCCGAUGGUUAAUACGGAUUCGGCUAUACAAUUACACGGUCGAAAGAGUAUCUAGUACGAAAAAUGCCGUGGCAGAUGGACUUUCACGCAUCCCUCUCGAGCGUCCGAUAGUAGCUGGGGCUCUGACAAUGGCAGAGCUGAGGCGCGCCGAGAGAUUUCUAGUUAAUCUUUACGAGGGCAAGUACCGAAUGAUCGGACUACACCUGACGGGAGAAGAGAGUCAAGAUUCAGAUAUCCGGAGGCAAGCAGCCCAGUACUGCCUUAGAGCGGGCCACCUUUUCCGAAGGCCGGUAGGGUCGGGAAUGCCCUUACGAGUAGUCUGUGACCCUGAGGAGAGACAGACAAUAGUUGCAGAGCUUCACGACGAGGUAGUCGGAGGACACAGGGGAGUCAAAGGAACCUACGAAAAGGUACGCAGAUUGUACUGGUGGGAAGGACAGUAUAAGGACGUCGAGAGGUAUUGUAGGACCUGCGAAGAGUGCCAGAAGAGAGCUCUUGUGAAAUACAAAGAGCCACUUCAUCCAUCCUAUCCAACCCGACCAGGAGAGAAGGUACACAUCGAUCUAGUGAAAAUGCCGAGAGGGGUAGGCAAUAUGAACUACGUCGUGAACAUACGAGACGAUUUCACUGGGAUCGUGGACGGUAGACCUAUCAGGAGUAAGGCGGCAAAGGAAGUAAAUAACUUUGUCCUAGAGUACUUAUCUAGGUAUGGUUGUGUCAGUAAGAUAGUGAUGGACAAAGGGGCGAGAUUCCUAGCCGACGAGGUCCAGAGCAUGUUUAGGAGAGCCGGUGCGAGAGUUUCGAUAGCCACCGCCUAUCACCCACAGUCGAACUCCCCAGUAGAGAGGGGACACCAGACUCUGAUAGCGUCACUGUCUAAGUGGUGCAAGGGUAAGGACAGUGAUUGGCCACRAUAUUUUCGAUACGCAAUAUGGGCAGACAACGUCACGGUCCGGGCUAGUACCGGAUACCCCCCGUACACCUUGUGGUUUGGGCGACAUUGUCCGCUUCCCAUAGAGUUUCAUGUCGACAGCUGGACAACCGUCGACUGGGCGGAGGAGAUGUCCAGAGAGGAACUCUUAGCUGCCCGAACGAGGCAAAUAGCCUACGGUUUGGAAGAUGACCUCAUGACAGCGGCAGAUCGUCUGGUAGUAGAAAGGGACAAGGGUAAAGAGAGAUGGGAUAAGAACGUGCGAAUUAGGAAAGAGAGGGUGAACGUAGGAGAUAUGGUCCUUAUUUACGAUGCAGCGCUGGAAAGAACUGGACCGGAAAACUCGCCAACAGAUGGAUGGGAGCUUACAGAGUGGUUGAGGCACUCAACUGGGGUGCAUAUAUGAUAGCAGAAUUGGAUGGAUCUAAGUGGAAGGACCCAGUGGCGGGCGCUAGGUUAAAGCUGUUUAGGCCCAGGCCCACGCCCGCUUUAUCGCUAACCAGCCCGAAAGGGAAAGGGAAAGCCAUGGUGGAGGAUGAAGCCCCCUUGAGGCAAUUCGAGGCAGGGGAGAGUUCCAAGAAAAGGAAAAGAAUAGAGAAGAGAAAGGUCAAAGGGGUAGCUUUAGGAAGAAAGAAGAGAUGGUUAUUCGUGCUCAAGCGAGCUAGACGGAGAGUUCGGGUUAAACGUACUGGCGGGUCGACACCCUUCUCGAGGCAAAGACAGAAGAAAAAGAGGAUCGUGCCGGGGCCAAAAACCAGAAGAAACAGGAGAGUCAAGAAGCAUCUUCUUAGCCCCAGGACUCAUAACAAACUAAAACAAGAGAA